AUGAAGUUUACCUGUGUCCCCAUCGCAUUCACUCUGGCUCACAUGGCCGUUGCUCAGUGGACUUGCGAUCCCGGCUUCCAAUGCGGCUCUACAAUCAUUCAUCGCGAUGACAGCUCCUUUUGGGUCAAGAACCUGAAGAAUGCCGAGAUUACUGUUGGCAGAACAGAUAAAGACCCCCUAUGGGAUCUCUUCCGCUGCAACGGCGAUCGUACCGUCUCCUUUGUGAAGCACUGUUCCGGCAGGUGCCUCUAUGGAGGAGCCGGACAGGAUCGAUGUGAAGGGGAUCUAUGA